CACCACGAGAGCCACCACAAGAAGCGGCCGAACGUCACGGCCACGGCCACCGCGACCGCUCGGGAGCGCGCCAGGGCGACGGCACGGGCCAGCGCCUCGGCCGACGCCACGGCCACCGCCCGCGUGACGCGCGGGGACGUCACCGUGGAGCGCACCGGCACCGCGGAGGCCACGGCGGACGCGGAGGCCACGGCCGUCGGCAAGGCCAAGGCGGAGGCGAGGGCCAAGGCGGAGGCGCCCAAGAAGCACGAGGCGAAGAAGGAGGCCAGGCGGAUCGCGGAGAGCGAGGCGGUCGAGGCCGCGGAGAGCGAGGCGGAGGGGCGCGCUCGCAGGGAGGCCGCGGUGGUCGCGCAGCGGAAGGCGGAGCGCGCGGCGCGCGGGCGCGCAGAGGCGGAGGCCAUGGCGAACGCGAAGCACGCCGCGCGCGUCGACGCCGACGCAGAGGCGAGGUCCUCGAUGUCCCCCUUCGAAGCUCCCUUCGGAGGUGCCCCCGCGGGCAUCGGCGCCCUCGCGCUCAGGCUGGGCUGCGCGGCGGCGCUGCUCGCCGCUCUGCUGCUGGCGGGCUUCGCGAUGUGGCGGCGGUCCCGCAGCGCCGCGGCUCGGACGGCGGUUCCCGAAGGGUACGUCCCCAUUCUCGCCUGA